UAUGGGUGGUGUUAGUACGUGUCUGUUUCAACUCCCAGCCUGACAGAGGUUUUUUUUUUUUUUUGUAACCACGCCUACACAGUGGCUGCCAAGGCUUACCCAUGAGUUAAACCUUCUUUAGUUGGUAAUGAGGAAGGCAUGGGCUCUAGCAGUGGACACCCAAAGGCAGCAGUGGGUGAAAACAAGCAAAAUAAAGAAAAGUUUGGCUGUGAUAAAGUGCUAGACAGCAUAGUGACGAGGAGGCAGGCACCACCAUCAUCACCACCACAGGGAAGCUUCCACAGACACUGGAAGGCAAUGUGGAGGUCCAUGGCGGAGGAAACUUGAAAAUGUGGGGAGGAAAUGGAAGGUAGUGAGGAUGAGCCAAGUGAGGACAAUGCUGGUGGUCCGGACAGACACUUUGCAGGGCAUUAUGAAAACAGCCAACCAGAGGAAGAGUUUUCAUCAGAAAGAAGUCUUGCAUCAUCACCAGAAAGGAGUGGAAAGUUCAGCUGGCCCUGCAGAAGUAGAGAGGCUGCUGACUUUGAUUCAGAGGAGCCAUCAUGUGACAGCCACACUGUAACAUCACAAGGGAGUCUUAAGGUAGGCAGCAGAAGAUCUCUCAGAAGAGAAAACAGCAUGGCAUCUCACAGGGGACUGAGGAGACAUGACAUCAUUCAGGAUGAUUAUGAGUUGGAUGGCAGUUCAGAAGGGGAUGGGAGUCACAGAGGGCGAGCAAUGUCAAGUGAGGAGGAAGUCACAGAUGAGGAGGCAGCAGAGGGGACAGUCAUUGAGACCAGCUGUGAUGAAGCAAGUUUUAAUACCUCUAUCUACUCGUACAAAGAAACUGCCAGCUCUUCAGAACUUUCAAUUGAUCCUGUAGUGUGGAAAAAGUUCAAGUUUCUCACAUCUAUAUUGAAGGAGACACAACAUAACCUGCGGGCAAUGGACGACCUUAUCCUGGAACACCGUAGGCUUCAGGGUCAGCCAGCUGCCCUGCCCCACCCCUCCCACACCCUCCACCAGGGGCUUGGUGAAGGGGAGCCAAAGACAGACGAGGCCAAGCUAGAGGAGAUUUUGAGUCUCCUUCACCACCUAACUCACACCCUCUCCUCCUACGAGCAACAUCCCCUUCUGGCCUCAACACCUCAAGUACAAGUGACUGGCUCAUCACUGCACCCUGAUGGACCACCACUACCACCACCACCACCCCCACCACCACACCAGCAGGCACUUAGCUCCUUCUGGCCAGAGAGCAGUGUGAGGGAUGUCAACAUUGCCCUGCAUCCUUCCUCCCCCCACCUUCUCAGCCCCAGCAAAGAUACCACAUUAGCUGAGAGUCACGAAGGAAAGAGCAUUACCUUCACACCUUCACCAGUCCACAGUGCUGGGGUGUAUGGCAGGGAGGGUAGCACAUACAGCAAUGGUUUCACACACAGCCCUCAUACUGUUCCUGACUCCACUCUUGAUGCCAAGAUAAUUCAGCACUCUCACCAGGAGUCCCCCAGGAAAGUGCCCUCCUAUACAUCUCCUCAUGGCCCAUCAAGCAGCAGGAAUACAGAUCACAUGUCAGGAUUAUUGACAUGUGCUGAUUCCAGAGUUCACAAGAAAGAUACCAUAAAUCAGACUGAUCCACUUCUCCUGGUGCCAAGAGUGAGUGAGGAGCACCACUCACCUCAUCACACUACAAUGGGUUACCAAAGCUAUCAGUCAGAGAGCCUCCAGGGCCAGGAAGUCCUUCACCACCCACUGAUGAAGGAGACCAGAUCACUGAGGAAGGAGAUAGAUGACAUUAUGGCAAGGAAGCAGGCUCUGGACUCUAGGAUGCAGUCUCUCAUAGCACACCGGGCCAUGCAGAGAGAGCUUGAAGCUGUGCAGUUUGAUGAACCCAAGAAGAGACUCACGCCGCUGACCAAGAGCAAGAGUUUAGAGGACGGUGAACUGCGGCGAUCCAAGUCGAAGCAUGGCAAGUACAAAGCAAGGAGCAAGAGUUAUGAGGAAGAGAGCUACUUGAGGAGGAAAAGCAACUCACAGGAGACUUAUCUCAGCAUGAUUAAUGAAAACCAGGAUGAAUUUCCAAGUCUGACCAUGGAGAGCAUAGAAAAUGAUGACAAGAUCACUGAGUUGCAGACGGAUGAAGCUGACAUACCUGGCCUUGGGGACAGCGGCCUCAGCAGUGAGAUCAAUUCCAUCAAUGCCACAAUUCAAGAACUUGUGAGGGAGAACCAGCAGCUGCACAAAUUCCUUCUGGGCAUGACAAGUGAGUCUAUACUUAAAGUUGAUCAGGAAAAACUGGCACUUGAAGCAAAACUUCAGUCCUUGGAUAAAGAGAAUCAGUCACUUAAGAUCUCUCUGGAUGAAGACAAAGAUCUGGACCACGGGAGAGCAAAGGCCCUCAAGGGUGUCACAUUUUGCAUUAAUGAAGCCGAUGAAGAACCAAGGGAUGGUGAAAAGGAGGCAAAAGAAAUUGGAGAGAGCAAAGCAAAGGAGAGAGAGGACCGUGAUCAUGCCUCGGAAGUACUAACAUCAUUGCCAAAAGUGGAUGACAUUGCACUAAAGAAUAAAGAGACUGGUGGGGAACUUGAGAGGACCAUUAGUGAGGCAGCAGAUAGAACACUACAGUCUUCAUCUCAUCAAGAGGAUGCAAUAAACUCCCUUAAAGCUGAAAUUGACCGCCUAACCAAACAGAACCAACAGUUGGUCAACAUAAUUGAGAAAGAGAGGCAUGUUGAGACUAGCCAGAAAGAUUCACCAAGGACACAAAAGAGCCAGAGUACAGUUGAAGAAGUCAGUGUUUUCUCUAUGAGUGAGAGUCAGACUGAGCACAGCAGCACCAUGAAGGAAAUAGACAGACUGCAACAAAAGGUAAUCAAACUUACUGAAGAAAAGAAGAUGCUUGAGUUUAAGCUGAGCAAUGAAGCUUCUGAGAGAGACUUUGAGAGCACCCGCCUGGAAGCUCGAAUACAAAUCCUCAGUGAUCUCAAUCAGAGUUUGACACAGAAGCUAACCGACAAAAGCCAGGUAGCCAAAACAGAUAAGACUGAGAUGUGUUGCCAGACAGACACACUUGAUGGAGAGAAGGAAAGGGAAGGUGACAGCAGCAAUAAAUUAAACAAUACCAGGGCAACAUCAGUAGUGGAUGAGACCACCACAGCAUCACAGCAUAUAUCUAUCUCUCCCAAUAAGCAAAUAACCACCAGUGCAAGCAAAGCAUCCCUUCCAAACAGUAACAUUCCACUGCCCUCCAUCACUACCAAGAAAAAUGAAGAAUACCCUGACAAGAGUAAUGGAAAGCUUGUGUUUCCUCCCACUGCUGAAGAAUCUUUUGCUUCUCGUCCUCAUCUCAAGGAUCUCCCUCUACACAUGUUGAGUUCAGAUGAAAAUAUUAGCACAGAUGAUGACAAAAUGAGCCUGAUAAGGACUCCUAGAGAAGACACACAGGUGAGUCAGCAGUCAGAGGUUUCUCCCAGGAGUGUGACAGAACCUUGCACUUCUGAUGAUGUUCCUGGUGAAGUGUCAGGGAGGAAGGGAAGUGGAACCAUUUCAGCAGAGAGCAUGAUCAGUAAGGAAUCCUCAGCCUGCAGUAAAUAUUCACAGGUGCAGCAGCUGGAGGCUCUAGUGGCCCAGAACAAAGUGAUUGCCAGUAGCCUAAGUGAGCUCAAGCUGUUAUCAAAGACUUCAGAAAGUAACCGAGAGUCAGCAUUCAUCAAAAUCAUGGAGGAGAAUGUUAGAGUGAUGCAAAACAUAGGGGAGAAGCUUGCCUCUGCUGCACUGCCCACUGCCUCUGUAGAACCUGAUGCCAGACUAACUCAGCUUUCCCACGAGAACCAGGACCUGAAAUCAUCCAUACAACAACAGCAGAAGAGAAUAGAAAUAUUGAUUAACCAGAACAGUUCCCUUGAGAAGAAGUUACAUGUUGCACAGCGUAAAGGUGAAGAGGCACAAGAAGAUGCGGGAAGCUCGUCGGGCAGUGACGUGUCUCAGGUUCCAGAAGAUGAGACACCAAGAGCAACAGAAGGUAAAGUGAAGAAAGGUAUCAAAAUCCUCAAAGAAAUCCCAGGAGGUACAGCUAUGGACAGUUUACCAAAUGGAAAGCAAAGGGAGGAUGUGGAAACUUCAAGAAUGUCAGUAAUUGAGAAAAGACAAUCCACAAAACCUUCAAGCAUCAAUCAACCUUUGCCGUCAUUGCCUCAAGAUCAGUCAAGAUCAGCAUCUCUCUCACCAGACCAAGCAGGAAGCAGCAGGAGCCACCAGGAGGACAGUUCUCAGCACAGCGGUAGCAAUGUAUCCAGCAGGAGAGGGUCGCCAGACAUGAGGAAUGACACUGCCAGGGAGAAGAGGAAGAGAAGCAGUGUAGUGUUGGAUCCAGAGACACAGAGGCUUCUUGAUGCGCUGAAGAAGGAAAAGGAAACUAGGACUCGACUGCUGCAAGAGGCAGAUUCAGAGAAAGAGACACUGCAGGAGCGUAUUGUGUCGCUGGUGCAGGAGAAUGACUGUCUGGCGGCAAGGCUUCAGGAGGUGGUGAGUGUCUCCAGGAACCUGAGUGGCCACAUGCACUCCGUCAAGGACCAGCUGGAGAGGGUAGAGGCUGAGAAGGACAACCUGCACAGGAAAGUCAAGUCGCUGGAGGAUGGACGGGAGGACAGUUCCCUCAGCCUCUCGGAUUCUAUUGGCAGCUCUCGCCUCACUCACCGCCUCAAGGAGAGAGUCCGAAACCUUCAGGAUGAGGUGGAGCGAGGGUGGCAGGAGGCUCACCAGCGCACUGUGGAGCGGGACAAGGCUGUGGCAGAGAAAGAGAGUCUGGAGUACACCUCAAGCAUUGCCAUCAACACUGCCAGGAGAGAGGCUGAGAGUUUGAGGGAGCAGGUGGCUUCCCUCCAAGAGGAUAAGGAGAAACGCUGGCUGGAACAGACAAACUUGCAAAAUGAGCUGGAGAGAAAGUCGGUGAUGGCUAAGGCUGCCCAGGAAAACCAAGCCAAUCUCCUGGAGAGGCUGGUAGAGGCUGAGAGGAAGAUUGAGGUCCUGCAGAAUGAUCUGAAGAAGGUUGAGGAACAGCUUUUGAAGGAGACAGAGGCAAGAAAAAGUGCAGUGACAGAGCUGGAGGAGAUGAAGGCCAAGGCAGGUGCAUCAUCCCUUCAUGAUCAUGAGGGAGAGAAGGCAGCCUCGGGGGGGGAGCAGCACUGGGCCAGCACUGUGGCUCACCUCAGGAGUCAGCUGCAACAGGAACAGCUGCGGGCACGGCUGCUGGAGGCGGGGGAACAGGAGAGCAGUGGCCGUAUCCUGAGCCUCCAGCAUGAUGUCCGGGAUGCUCUCCAGGCCAACCAGCAGCUCCAGGACAAGUACAACCAGCUGCGCACCGCCUACCGAGCCAAGAGAGCCGAGAAGGCCAGCCACCGGGAAUUGUCACAGCAGUACACAGCACAGGUGAAGGAGCUUGGUAAGACUACUGCUGCUCUGGAGGAAAACUUUAAGGCAAUGCUGUGUGGCCUUGGGGAAAGUAUUGAGGUGACUGUGGAGCUGCUCGCCUCCCAUGUGUUCCUCACCCCCUGCUUGAUACAUCCUGGUCCGGCCCUCCACCAGGACCCGGAGGCAUGGUUUGGAGCACAGCAGGGGCGCCUUAGGUGGUUACAGAGCCAGCUCAGGAAACUCUGUCUUCACAACUGGAAAACAGGAAACCUCCCAAGAACCUCAAACCUUGACUUGUCUCACUUUGAUUUCUCCAUUAAGGAAAGUCAGGAUUCAUCCGUUGCUGCAAAGUUACACAUAAAGGAGGCGGUAGGGCAGCAUAGGCAGGUACCAAGGUCAUGCAAGACACAGCAUUCAGGAGUGAAAAUGGAUGUCCUUUCUGAGCUGUCUAUCCUGGACGAGAGCAGGUCCUACACCAGCACGCCCGUCAGGAGGAGGUCAAGUGCCUCAGAUAUCUCAUUUAGUGCUGUGUCCUCACCAACCAAACUUGGUGGUGAGGUCAAACAUUCCACUCCUAAAACUGUACUUCAGUUAGGGGAAGUUAAGGUUGGUGUGACUCCUCCCAGUGGCACUUUUAUAUCCCGGGUGUCCCAGAGCCUGGGGGUGCAUCAGGGUUCUGUGUAUUUGAGUGAGGCUGAACGCAUUUUGACAAGCCAACAGAAGGAACUGUCAGAAACCAAAUAUAGACAGUACAAGACUCUAAUUCAUAGCCUCCAGCAAGAUCUAGACAAAUCUACAGUUCCAUCACCAAGCAUUCCUUCCUCUUUGUUCACAACCCCAGAGAAAAAAGUUGCAAAGCUUUCCCAGGACUUACUGGAGGACAAUGACCAAGACAGUUUGUGCUCUGAGGUGUCCUUGAUGGAGGUGCAUUGCUCCCAUGCCUCAUCCCCUGCAUCUGCCUCCCCCUCAUUGGGAGAGUCUUCCACAUCCACUCAAAACUCUUCAGGGAACAGUAUUAAAGACUCACUUCCCACUUGCAAGAAAUUGCAAAGUUCUCAAAAUUCACUUGAUGAAAAAAAUAACUUGGAAGAAAUAGCUUCUGCCAAGACAGAUGGCAGCAGCUCUCAGAAACAUCCAAAGGAACACAAAGAUGCCAUAGACAGCAAGCAAACCUCUAGGUCAUCUUCCAGGACUUCUUCUAUCAGGUCUCCCUCAGAGGAUGGAGGCAGCAUAGUGAGGAAGGCUGGUAGUGAGGUGGUCCCAAGCAGCCUGAAGGAAGACCAGCAGAGUUGUGGUCUGGAUGUGGACAAGGACAGGGACAGCUGGGAGGCUGAAGAGGAUCUGAUUCGGAUGUUGGUGGAGAGUGAGGAUGUUGGAUCACAGGGCUGAGACACAAGCUGAGUGUGUAGUGGCAUUCAUGAGGGCGAGGGGUGGCAGGUGAGGUGCCACAUAAAGAAAUGCAAAGAAAGGUGAGGCAUGUAAGUCUCUUUGGUACAGUUUUGCAUGUUUCAUUUGUUGACGAUGAACAAUUUUAUGAGUUAGCUUGGUGUUGUGCUGCCGAGUUGUUACAAACUCACACUGAGUAUAAAUUUCCAAAGUUUCAAUUGACUAAAUAUUUUAUGGAUUUUAUUAAUUUAUUUUAGGAAUUAGUAAUAUAGAUAUGUUUUAUGUAUUUAUUGUGGAUCUUAUGGAUAUUUAUUUUGGUCUUGACAUGGCCUUAAGGGCUUCUGUGGAAUGUUGACCUGCAUCUGGUCCAGUCAUCAGGUAGGUCAGAUGUGGGUCAUGGAUGGGACUGUUGUGGUGCAGCAGGGAUGUACCAGGUCUGCUGCCAGGUUCUGAUGCAGAAAGACUCUGGUAUACUGCACAUCUGACCACUGCACAGUGUGGUUGAUGAGGAUUGGUCUCCUCCCCUUAGAGGAGAUGAUGUGAGGGAAUGCUCAUGGAUGGGAGUGUGAUUGAGAAUGUCUGUUUGUGUGUACCUUGUCUGGCCUAUCCUUCUUUGCAGGAAGUGCCAGUUUGGUAUACACGUAGAUUACUUAUCUUUUGUUUUGUAUAUAGUAGUUGUUAUUGUGUUGGAUAUUAUUACAGUGCAAAUCAUACUUUUAAUUUGAUGGAGUACAAGUCAUUUUCACUUUAUGAAUUAUAUUUUUUAAGUUCAGUAGAUGAAAAAAUUAAGUUACUUUUAUUUAAUUGAGCAGCUCAGUAAGGAAUAAGUUAGAAUUUUAUGUGGACACAGGGAGUGAUCUUGAGAUACAAGUCUUCAAGAAAUCCACAUGGAAACAGAAACUUAGAUAAAAUGGACAUGAAAAUUUUGUAUCUGUUAGUUUGGUUAUCAAACUCCUAAGUCCAAGAUAUAUUUUUGGUGUAAAGAAAGGGUUGUGUUCUUGUAUGCUAAGAGAAGCAGAGUCUCAAGGCAGCACAGAAGUGUUGUAGGUGUGGAGCAGCUCCAGGGGUCUCCAGAUGCAUGUAAAGUUAAGUGGUGAACCACUGAAGCCUCCCAUGCAUUUAAUGGCUGUAAGGUUUAUCAUACUGUUUCUGGGAAGUGGUUGUUUGAAAUAACUGCAUUACUGUCAGAUCUCAGGGGUAGUCUUUUGCUGCAUAAUACCAAAAAAUCAUGACAUUUUUUAGUACAUUGUCAAUAUCUUUACUGAUGAUAUCACCAGAUAGAAAAUGUUCAGGGGAUGCAUUCUUGUAUAUUCAUCAAUACUGAGAGGGAAAGGGUACAUUUUUUUUUCUGUAUUGACUGUUAGGAAAGCUGUGUUUUAUCUAUAAGUUUCAAAAUCCAUCCAUGACAAUAAAGAAGAACUGGGUGACUGUGUGGUUCAGUCACUGCAGUGCUCACCUUGAUGCCCACAGGUUGUGGGUUCAAUCCGUCUCACAGUGGGAGAGGCAUUGCUCUCUGAUAAUCUUGAUGUUGUGAUGUUGCAGCGCCAUAAUUCAGUUCAGUGUUAAUUUCCAUGACAGUCAACAGUAUUGUGUUCAUAGCAGUAAGGAGCAGCAAGCAGUCUGCUUUAGGUAGCACACAUGCUUUACAUUUAAGGAGCACUAAGUCAGUGUUAUAAGGUACAGGCCUAGCAAAUGAUUAGAUGUUAGCACUUUAGUAUGUAUUGAGUACAUUAUUUAUUGAUUAUUCCAGUAAGAAAUAAAAACAAAAAAAAAACUGCUAAACUCAUCAGGAUAAAAGGAAAAGUUUCUAAGUUGUGUUGUUGAUAAGAAGAGAGUGAAAGUGGCAUGUUGUUGUGAAGCAUUGAAGGUAGUUUUUCCUUGUACAUGUGAUUGUGAUAACUAUUUCAUUCCCUCCCCUUGUACCUGAGAUUUAGUGAACAAUGCAUUCCGUCCAUAUUGUUGUGUGGUGAAUAGAUGUUCAUUAGUACUGUUGUCUCAAUCAUUCUUGUGCCGGUUUUGCAGAGAGAGAGAGAGUGCUACUGGCAAAUUUCAGUGACAAAAGUACGUAUGUAUUUUAUGGCUUAUAGUUAUUCAGGCAGAGAUAGUCAUAAGAUGUCUGAAGUAAGCAUUGUAAAUGUAUCUGUCUAACUUGUGUGAACUGAACGUAUUUGUGUAAUAAUGACCUAUGGAAUGAAGUGGUUUAUGACAGA